AUGUUGAGAGGAGGGGGCGGCCGUGUGCGCGUAACUUGCGCUGCCAUCUUGAUCGGUCGUUUUCUUCCCAAUUUUUUGACGGAGUUUUUUCUUAGAAGUAGGACAGGAUUUUGCUCAAUUCCAUUCCUUCUUCGGAUAUUUACACUCGAUACAAGGUUGUCGUCUGACGGUCUAGAAAGAUUAUUUACAGCGCUUUCACAAUGUAAUGAGAAUCACGUUUUUUUUUUUUGUGUUUCCAUAUAUGGAAUUUAG